ACUCAACAACGGCAAGUUUUGUUAUAUGUUUAUGGAACAUACCGGUCAGCAUAGCUCAUCAGGUUUUUAGAUCAUGACGUGGAACACUGUUUGCAAUGCUGCAUCUGGAGAGGAACAGCUGAUGGCUUACAAGUCUGUUAGCAGACUGCUGAGGGCACUUGAUACGAGACAGUUCUUAAAUAGGUGCUGAGCAGUGAAACUGCAGAACUUCUGCUGUACUCAGUUGUGCAUGCCCCUCACCGAUAGUUCAGACGUAAAAUUUUGGCCUUGUCCAGUUAAGCUCCUUUGCCAGAUGCACGUUUGGUGGUUCAUCCUUCCUUCCUGCUUAUCGCUGGAUGUGGCAGCUGCAGGCUGCACAGGUUUCUUCCCUCCCCUCUGCAAAUCAAUAUUACGUAUACGUAGCCAGGAGCAGCUUAUUGACUGGAAUGGCCAAACCAUCCCUUUUUGGAGACUGGUUUGUGCUGCCUGAAAACUGUGGACUGGUUCUCUACUUCGAAUGCCUUACCACGAACUUCAUUUUUCUUGGCAGAUCAAAGACCUCUAAUACUCCACUCUGGAGAUUAGGAAGGGAACAGCAGCCGCUCCCUAACCAAGCAGAUGACUGGAACUGUGAAGGGCAAAGCACAGCCAGCAGUUACCUGUAUCUCAGGCUAGGAGACUGGAACCCUGCGCUGCUACUUGAAGUGUUUUGCAUUCCCCUUCUUCUCUGGAUGCGGUAUCUGUCCCUGCUCUGGAGCUGUAGCACCGUGGCAUCCCUGCUGUCCACAGACCCCAUGUGGAAGAGGCUGUCCCAUGCUCCCUCUGCUGCCUUAUAUCAAGGACUGAUUCCAGCAGCUCUGACCAGGAACAUUCAUGGCUCUGAUGACCAUGCCUGCUACUCAAGGCAAGAAGACACCAUGCAAAUGAUCCAGCGAGGCUCUCCAGAAGAGGAAGAGGAAUCACACUGA